CUAUCCUUAGGUGGCACAAUCCAAACUAAUGGACAAGAAAUUCUUCUUGUUGGACUUCAUUUGGUUUGAUUUAAUCUUCUCGUUAACAAGAGUAAAGGAGAAAAACAAUUCUCCGAGCUCAGCUUCUUCUUCUUCUUCCUCUCCUCCUUCUCACGAGUUCAUGCCCCCGAAGUCAUUAAUGUCAAUGAGCCUUGACAAGAGCAGUUCCGGGGACAGGGAGAGUAUGGAAGUGAAGGAAGUGCUGCACAUGAGCAGAGGAGAUGGCGAGAACAGCUACGCUAAGGCCUCGAUCUAUACGCAAAAGGUGGCUCUUGUAACUAAGCGGAUGAUCGCUAGUGCAGUCAAUUCUCUGUUAGAAGAACCUUUCUUCCCCUGUGAGCUCCUGAAUGUGGUGGACCUCGGGUGCUCUUCUGGCCCGAGCACAUCCACUUUCAUCUCCACCGUGAUCGAGACAAUUGAGAGUAACUGUAGAGGAUUGGGAUCUACACUGCCCGAGGUCCAAUUUUACUUGAAUGAUCUUCCUGGAAAUGACUUCAACACUCUGUUCAAGAACCUCUCUGAGUUCCGCCGGAAUUUCGAGGGCUUGUCAUUCUUCUUGAUGGGAGCUCCCGGUUCUUUCCAUGAAAGAAUCUUUCCUCAGGCUUCCUUGCAUCUUGCUCAUUCCUCAUACAGUGCCCAAUGGCUAUCUCAGUUUCCACAGCUUAUGACUGAAGGAGGCUCGCCACUUAACAAGGGUAAGAUUUACAUAUCUAAGACGAGCCCUCCCAAGGUUAUGGAGGCUUACUUGGCUCAGUUCCAAGAAGACUGCACAAACUUUCUAAGCUGUCGGAGCAAAGAAAUGGUGAUUGGUGCUCGUCUUGUGUUAGUACUUCAUGUAAGGAACUCUGCAGAUCCUGCAAGCGAUGAGAGCUGCUAUCCUUGGGAGUCACUUGCUGAGGCAAUCUCUAGCUUGGUCUCAGAGGGGCUCGUGGAGGAGGAGAAGCUGGACACCUUGAACAUGCCUUACUACACAGCCUCCCAAGAGGAGCUCCAGCAGAUAGUCCAACAAGAAGGAUCAUUCACAAUGGAACACAUAGAGACAUUCGCGUUAGACAUUGGAGGACCUUCAUCGGGUGGGGAGGAUCCAUGGAUCAGUGGGAAGAAGCAUGCGAAGAAUGUCAGGUCCUACACUGAGUCAAUCUUACAGCACUAUCUUGGGGAAGAGGUCAUGGACAAGCUCUACGACGAGAAGUUGGCUUACUUGAUCGGUGAAUAUCUGGUUAAGGAACAGAUCAAGGGCACCAACCUUGUCGUUAUACUUAGGAAACAUUCCUAAUUAGUUAAGCCAAUAUUUGUUUAUAUAUUGCAUAUGCCUUUGUAUGAAUCCUGUCGAAUGUAAACUUGCUCGGAAUAAGGUUUCAUUUCCCUGUAAAUUUGCUCAUGAUAGCAUAUAAUAGCAUUACAUUACAUA